GUAAAAUAACACUAAAAAUGUCAUUCUAGAAAACUAUAUUGAUAUGAUCAAUAUGCUAUGCAUAAAAUAAAUAUAACCUAAUAAUUCUGUUUGUGCGGUUUAAUGAAUGUUUUAGACUACCUCCUGUCACAUGAUGCGGGUCGCGAAUGACUUCACGCUCUGUCAUGGCUGCACGAGACAUAAACAUGCCAGAGGUUCUGUAGUUCAGAGCAUUAAACCAGUGGCCAUAACAAAUCAUUCUGACUUUAGGUCCGCCAUAUGAACUCGGCUGGUCGGUGUUUUGUGCGGCAGGUGAAGUGAUAGCGGAGUUGUAUAUCAUAGGAAGGAUCCGAUCAUGCAGACUGAAGCCGUGCUGGAGCAUCACGGCGGCUCACAGAGUUCCUGCAGGACGGGCUCCAAAUCCUGGCAAUACAGUGAUCUGAUGGAAAAGGUGGAUGGGUAUUUGAUGAAGUACACCAAUCUUGUGACUGGAUGGCAGUAUCGAUAUUUUGUGCUCAACAAUGAGGCAGGACUGCUGGAAUAUUUUGUGAAUGAGCAGUCCAGGAAUCAGAAGCCCAGGGGCUCGCUGCCAUUAGCUGGUGCGGUGAUUUCCCCCAGCGAUGAAGAUUCACACACGUUCACUGUCAAUGCCAUCAGCGGAGAGCAAUACAAACUUAGAGCCUCAGAUGCAAAGGAGCGACAGCACUGGGUCAGCCGACUGCAGAUCUGUGCGCAGCACCACACGGAGGCGCUAAGCAAAUUAUCCGUAAUCCCACAGACAAACCCACCACUUCAGACUCGCAGUCUCUCCAUGGCGUCUCAGGGCAGUGGCAGCUCUCCAGGAUCUCAGCACAGGGUCAACCAGAACUCAAACGCCCUGUUGGGCCUGUCCCAGCUGCAGCGCAGCUCAUCUCUUUACUCCAGCAGAAAGUUGCUGAUGCCUGAUCACUUGCUGGAGGCCAGAGAGAUGAUGAGCCAGGCGCAGGGCCAGCACAGAGACCUGAUCCAGAGUAUUGAGGGUCUGCCCUCCUCCCAGGGACCCUCUCCCUUGGACCAAGACUUGCUGCUGCUGAAAGCCACCUCUUUGGCUACCAUGACCUGCCUCAGCGACUGCCUGCAUAUCCUGCAGCUCCAACAAGUGGCUCGGCAGAAAGCUCCUCUUGGUGGCCCUGUCCUCGAGUGGCUGGAACCAAAACUUCCUGACAUCCUGAAGAAUGGAGGCACGCUACCCAGCAUCACCAAAGAUGAUGGUAAAACAGAGGGAACCGUUCUGGAACCUUUAGAAAUGGACUCCUGUGAUAUUGCUAGGGAGCAGGAGGAGAUUGAUGCCACACAAGAGGUAGAUGAUUCAGCUCCGGCCGAGGAGGAGGAACUGGGUGCUGUCGAAGAGGAGCGCAGCAUCAUUCUGCACCUCCUCUCUCAGCUCAAACUGGGCAUGGACCUCACCAGGGUGGUCCUGCCUACUUUCAUUCUGGAGAAGCGCUCCCUGUUGGAAAUGUAUGCAGACUUCAUGUCCCAUCCGGACCUUUUUGUCGCAAUCACUGAUGGCUCCAGCCCAAUGGACCGCAUGGUCCGAUUUGUGGAGUAUUACCUCACUUCCUUCCACGAAGGUCGCAAAGGUGCCAUUGCCAGGAAGCCCUACAACCCCAUCAUCGGAGAGACCUUCCACUGCUCUUGGAAAGUACCCAAGGCGACGACACCUCCAACAGCGGUUUCGAAAGAAGGGACCUCUUGCGCGUCAGACUGCUACAAUGUCCGCUUCGUGGCUGAGCAGGUUUCCCAUCAUCCACCUGUGUCGGGCUUCUAUGCAGAAUGCCAGGAGAGACAGAUGUGUGUCAACACGCAUGUGUGGACCAAGAGCAAGUUCAUGGGCAUGUCCAUUGGCGUCUCUAUGAUCGGAGAAGGUUAUCUACACCUAUUGGAGCACGGUGAAGAAUACACCUUCAGUCUGCCCUCUGCUUAUGCCCGCUCUAUCCUCACUGUGCCCUGGGUGGAACUGGGAGGAAAGGUCAAUGUCAACUGCACCACGACAGGCUACUCUGCAAUCAUCACCUUCCAGACAAAGCCUUUCUAUGGGGGCAAGCUGCACAGAGUGAAUGCGGAGGUCAAACACAACCCCACCAACUCCGUGGUGUGCCGAGUACAGGGUGAGUGGAACGGCGUGCUGGAGUUUACCUAUACCAGCGGGGAGACACGUGUCCUAGACGUUACCAAACUCCCAGUCACCAGAAAAAGAGUACGGCCCAAUGAGCUGCAAGGACCCUAUGAAUCUAGGCGACUGUGGCAGCAUGUGACGGAGUCUCUGAAGGAAAGGGAUAUGGAUAAAGCCACGGAACAGAAGCGUUUCCUGGAGGAAAGGCAGAGGAAAGAGGAGAGGCAUCGAUAUACACAGUAG